UAAGCCAUAUGGCAAAAUGUAUUCUUUGCACUUAAAUGUCGUUGCUGUUUUGAAAUCCUUUAUAUGAAGUAUGGAGCUUUUGUUUAUACAGUGCGCUGUAGUUUGCCUCUGAACAACACAGUAGUGUACUUUUCCUUGCUCACAAUUCUAGAGUUUUUGAAACUGUUCAGCUUUAAGAAAUCGCCCUCCCCCGUAUGUUGCAUAUUGUAUUAGCAUUUUUCCUGGCAGAGUAAGUGCAGGGAGUUCCAGCCUUUCUCAAUAGUCACAGUUUACAUGUCCAAGAACUGGAAACGUGAGGUCCGUGUCCCAUCCCAGCGGUGAAACGACCCCACCAAGCUAAAACCCAAGAGAAUGGCCAAGAUAUUUAAAGUUCUUAAAGUAACCUGCCGCCAUUUCUCCAUCGGAAGACAAGGAUCGAACCGUUUACCUGAUAUGCAUAAGGCAAGGCAUGUGACUGGGUUAAGAUCACAUCUGUCAAAUACCAGUCUGUUCUCCACUCAUCACUCAAGUAAUAUGGACUCAUUUAGUUAUAUCAUAGUUGGGGCCGGCUCUGCCGGUUGUGUGUUGGCCAACAGGCUGUCUGAGAGUCAUGAUGAUACUGUGCUGGUAUUGGAAGCAGGACCAAAGGAUCUAAUGUUUGGCUGCAAGCGAUUGUCAUGGAAGAUCCAUAUGCCUGCCGCCUUGAUGUACAACCUAUGUGACGAUAAAUACAAUUGGUAUUAUCAUACGGUACCGCAAAGACACAUGGAUGACAGGAUUAUGUACUGGCCUAGAGGUAGAGUUUGGGGUGGUUCUUCCUCAUUAAAUGCCAUGGUGUAUGUGCGAGGACAUGCAGAGGACUACAAUCGAUGGCAUGCACAAGGUGCCACUGGUUGGGAUUAUAGUCAUUGCCUGCCAUAUUUCAAGAAAGCCCAGACUCAUGAACUAGGACCUGAUACAUACAGAGGAGGUAGUGGCCCCCUACAUGUCUCAAGAGGGAAGACAAAUCAUGUCCUUCAUCGGGCAUUCAUCAAAGCUGCCCAGGAAGCAGGAUACCCAUUCACUGAGGACAUGAAUGGCUACCAGCAAGAAGGUGUGGGGUGGAUGGAUAUGACUAUACACAAAGGUCAGAGAUGGAGCUCGGCUAGUUCCUACCUACGUCCAGCAAUGGAGCGCAAGAAUGUGUCUGUCCAUGAGAAGACCAUGGUCACCAAAAUACUGUUCCAAGGACUAAGAGCAACUGGGGUGGAAUACAUUCAGAAUGGACAAAAGAAAAAGGCAUUUGCUAGCAAAGAGGUGAUCUUGAGUGGAGGGGCUAUAAACUCCCCCCAACUUCUCAUGCUGUCUGGAAUUGGAGACUCUGCAGAACUCACAAAAUUAGGAAUCCCUGUGAUCGCUCACCUGCCAGGAGUGGGACAGAAUCUUCAGGAUCAUCUUGAAGUUUAUAUCCAGCAGAUGUGCACCAAGCCUGUUACUUUAUAUAGAGCACAAAAGCCACUCAUGAUGCUUAAGAUUGGCGUGGAAUGGAUGUUGAAGUUUACAGGUUAUGGGGCUACGGCGCACCUAGAGUCUGGUGGAUUCAUCCGAAGUGCCCCUGGUGUUGAGCACCCUGACAUCCAGUUCCACUUUCUCCCUUCUCAGGUCAUAGAUCAUGGACGAGUGAAUCCAAAAAUAGAGGCGUAUCAGGUCCAUGUUGGAACAAUGAGAGGAACAAGCGUUGGGUUUUUAAAACUUCGGAGCGCUGACCCCAGUGCCCAUCCAUUCAUCGACCCAAAUUAUCUUUCAACAGAAAAGGAUGUCAUAGAUUUCCGCAAGUGUGUGAAGUUGUCAAGAGAGAUUUUUGCCCAGAAAGCAUUUGAGGAGUUUCGGGGGCCUGAGAUCCUACCUGGUCCUAGUGUUCAGACAGACAAAGAAAUUGAUGCCUUCAUCAGGCAGAAAUCAGACACCGCAUACCACCCAUCCUGCACCUGUAAAAUGGGACUGCCGAAUGACCCCACAGCUGUUGUUGAUCCAAACACAAAGGUUAUAGGUGUGGAAAAUUUAAGGGUUGUUGAUGCGUCUAUCAUGCCAAGUAUUGUAAGUGGCAAUUUAAAUUCCCCCACAAUAAUGCUGGCAGAGAAGGCUGCUGAUAUUAUUAAGGGCCUCCCUUCACUUGAGGAAAAAAACAUUCCAGUGUACAAACCCAAAAGUCUGGAAACUCAACGAUAAUCCAUGUCCUCUUACCAUUUCUUACAUAGGCAUAAGGUGAUCAAAGGAACUGGUUCACUAAGAGAUUUCUAUUCUGCCCACUCAAAAGAACAUAAAAAUAUCUCCUCAAGUCUAUUUUUCUGAAAGAGAGAGAAUUCAGUUAAAACCAAAAUGGCAGCUGCAUCCAUUCCCGAUGAUCACAUUAAAUGGCUGUGUAUGUAGUUGUUGUGUACAAACUUGUUUACUUACAUCUUUCGAGCUCCUUUCCAAAACCAAUUGUACAUAUGAAGACAAACAUUGGCGUCUCAGGUAUUGUUAUUGUUUUCAUGUUUGUUUAUGGAUUCUGCUUAUGAAUAGGUGUGAAAAAAAAAAAGAAAGUAAGCAACAAAGAAAGAAAGCAACAAGUAAUCGGCUGCAGCCCAAACUGGGAAUGUCUUCUACUGGACCUUUGGGGGGGACCAUUAAUUGUGGCAGGGCCUGGACCCAAUGAAGGAUACUCUGUUGGGCCAUGAUGAACCUGUAUCUAAUAGAGGACACCCCUAGGCUUCUACACACUGGCCCGGAUUUAUCAAACUGUGUGAGAGAAAAAGUGAAGGGAUUUUCCCACAGCAACCAAUCACAGCUCAGCUAAGGGGCUCUGGCAAAGUGAAAGCUGAGCUGUGAUUGGUUGUUAUGGGAAAAUCACUCCACUUUUCUCUCUCACACAGUUUGAUAAAUCUGGGCCACUGUUUGUUGAUUUAGGGAAAGAAUAACUCCGAAAAAAAGGAAUAUGAUGGAGCAUCCCACCAUUUUUAUUCUGAGUCACAAGGAGGUAAAACUUGGGCCCAUAUAAUUAUGUAUGUGAUACUGUUACAAUUGUGUAUGGGGUCUAAACCUACUGCUGCAACAUUUUACAGGAAGACUCAGCUCCCCAUGUUAGCAUUAAUAUAAUGUUUAUCUCAGCACCAAAUAAACAUUAGACAAAAGCAAUCUCUAGGUUUUGUUGUGAUGCCUUGAUAACCAAAAGACCAUGGUAUUGGGCCCAGAUUCUCCCCCUACUGCAGGUGUAGCCCAGGGGGAUACGUUUCAUGUCUCUAGGGGGUAGCACAUGGUAUGUUCAUAGUUAGUAAACCAAGGCCCCCCACAUAUUGAGACACCAGUGCUAUGAAUGAUGUGCGAUCAUUGGAUUCAGGUUUUUUUAAAGACAUUGGAGAUUUAUCAAAGCCUGGGUAGAAGAACAGCGAUGCUGUUGCCCAUAGCAACCAAUUAGAUUGCUUUAUUCAUUAUUUAGAAAAGGCCUCUGAAACAUGAAAGCAGCAAUCUGAUUGGUUAAUAUGGCCUCUACCCAGGUUUUGAUUAAUCUCCCCCACUGUGCAUGAAUUUCCCAUUCACAGUAACAGCACUUUGAUAUAAAACAAGUCAGGACAGAACAUACUCCACCCGUAGAAAAGAGGUUUAUUGAUUCAGCAAUGAUUUAAUUGUUUUCUCUGUGAUGAUGCCUCAUUGUAUCUGCACACAAAACCAGUGAUAAAACAUGUAUUUUUCCCAAUGAAUUAUGACCUCAUUCAGUACAUUAGCUCCACUACGUUAUUACUGUCAAUGUUUUCUCCGUAGACGACACAAUGUCAGAUUUUAAAGGUUCAGUCCCAUCUAUUGAUGAAAUCCAAUGUAUGGCUGCCUUUCCUUACAGUGCAACAUAUAAAUGUAUUGCCUAAACAGCAAUUCCAUGAGCUUUAUGGAAUUUUUCAAGCAUGCAUCAGAAGAUAUACUUUUCUAUCAUCCCAUCAACAAGGGCUGGAUAUUGUAAAUGUUUUGGAGUCAUUUGCUUGACAAGCAUAAACUUCCAAUGGUAAGUCCAUGAUCUGGAAUUGCUACUUAUGCAGCCUACACUUACAAAUCCAUGUAGUCGCGUUGCACCCUUAAAGGGGUACUCCGGCGCUUAGACAUCUUAUCCCCUAUCCAAAGGAUAGGGGAUAAGAUGCC